AUGGCUGUGGAGGUUUCGGCUGAUUUGGUGGAGGAGAUACUCUCGUGGGUUCCAGCUAAGAGUCUCCCACGAAUGAAAUCCAUUUGCAAGACUUGGGAAACCCUAAUCGCAGAGCGGAGUUUCGUCAAUAAGCACUUGUCUCACAUGCGUAGCCGUGAGCAACAAUUCACAGUCUUCAACAACGUCUCCAGCUCCCAAGUGUCCUCUUCACUGAUCUCAACAGUUGCUAGUUUGGGAAUCGACUUCAACGAACUCGAAGAACCUAAUUUGAAUCUGCAGAUCAUCGAACCUCUUGCAUCUACAAACAUAUUGGUGCAGAGCAUGCAUCAUUGCGAUGGUCUGUUGCUUUUCGUCUUGCAAACCAAUCUCUUACUCUUGAAUCCUUUUUUGAAACAAGCAAGAUCGAUCAAAUGUGGCAAUGGAUUUGACCAUUCCGUGGAUGCGUACGGGAUUGGAUACAUAAGCAACCAAUCAACAUCAUUCAAAAUGGUUAGGUUUCGUUGUGGUGCUUCUGAUGAUGAUAAAGAUCGUUCAAGGAUUAAAGUAUACGACUUUGAAUCUGAUCGUUGGAGGGUUGUUGCUGAUAAAAGCUUUGAUGACUUCUCAGAGUUCCCAGAGUCGAGUGUUUGUUUAAAAGGAACUCCUUUUUGGAGAGGUUAUCUAAAUGGCAAAACUUUCUCGACGAUACAGAGUUUCGAUUUCUCGAAAGAGAGAUUCGAGACGUUGUUUCUUCCUCCUUCAACGAUUGGGUCAUCAACGUUGGGAAAUUCUCUCUCUUUAGGUGUUUUCAGAGGAGAGAAGCUCUCUCUGUUGCAUAGGUCUCGUUUGGAAGGUAAGGUACACUUAUGGGUGAUGAAGAAGCAUUGGAGCAAGGUGAUGACUGUUGCUUUACCUGAAUCCGCCAUGUCUCCUAGAUAUGCAAGCUACUUCAUUGACAGCAACGGGAAGCUUGUGCUAUCGAUUCGUGAGAUAAAUUCUAUCAAGAUUUACAUUUUGGGGAAAGAUGUCGAGUGCCAAAACGUUGAAUAUUCUCAUGUGAAUCCUUCGGUUGGUGGCUCUGGUUGCUACUAUGUCCCGAGCUUGCUUCAAGUUCCAGGCUUUUCAAGGCGUUGA